AGAAAGCCAAUCUUCUUCGUUAUCCAACCAAAUCCUCUCGAAGCAGAGUAACAAGAGGGAAGCCAGAAAAAAAAUGACGACAAUGGCGACGCAAGGGGCUUUUCUCCGAUUACGAAUGACCUCAUCCUCAAAGUCCAUCGCUAAGCCAACUGAGCUCAGCUUCCUCAACUCCCAGCUCAGCGGCUUAAGAAUCUCGCAGGGUCCCUCCACUGACGUCAUCAACCGCAUCUCCCUUCCUUCCUUCCCUGGUCUUCAGCCAAUCGUCGCCCGGAGGAUCUGUCCUUUUACUGGGAAGAAAGCGAACAGAGCCAACAAAGUCUCCUUCUCUAACCACAAGACCAAGAAGUUGCAGUUCGUCAACUUACAGUACAAGAAAGUCUGGUGGGAAGCUGGCAAACGCUUCGUCAAGCUUCGUUUAUCAACAAAGGCCUUGAAGACCAUUGAGAAGAACGGACUCGACGCUGUCGCCAAGAAAGCUGGCAUAGAUCUCCGCAAGAAAUAGAUGAUUGAUUGAUAUGUAUCUCUUACUGUUCUCUUAAUACAUUUCCUUCAAUGGAACUUGUGAGUUUGAAUCAGAAACUGUUUUUGUUUCCCUUAAGACAAAACUCGUAAAAAAAAAAAUUACAUUUCAUGUUUAUCGUUUUCUUUUAUGUAAUAUCGUUACAU